AUGUUUACUACCUCUGCGGCCCUUGUGGCAUUGGCCACUCUGGCAUCCAGCCAGAAGGCUCUUCCUGCUGAUCAAAUCCCGUUUAUCGGUGGUGGUGUGCUCCAGAGGAAUGACCCCCGUCUCGCCAACUACACCUUUUCAUACAAAGCUCCCUUUGAUCCGGAAGUCUACGGUGGCUACUACCACUGGGCGGUCAACAACGAGACCGUUGCCAUUGCCAACCUCACCGGUUACGAUGCUCAGGAUGGCUACUUCAUCCCAGAUGGCUCCUACACCAUGUACCCUUUCUUCUCUGUCGGAGAGAAGAACCCCCGCGGCAUCGACCCGGCCCCUCUGUUCGACCACGAAGAGGGCCGUGGCGAGCGCCAGAAGUUCAAGAAGAUCCUUCACGUCAUCUUUGAGAACGAGGUGUUCAGCUGGACCAUGGACGAUCCGUUCUGGCAGCUGCUCGCUCGGCGCGGCAGACUGCUCACCAACUCCCACGGAGUCACCCAUCCUUCCUUGCCCAACUACGCUGCUCUCGUCGCGGGUGACUUCUUCGGCAUGGCCCACGAGGACUUCUACAACAUCGACGCGACCACCGUCUACGAUCUCCUCGACGUCAAGGGCAUCGACUACGCCACGUACGUCGAAUGGUACAGCCCAGCCGUGACCCACCGCGGGCCCCUCGACUGCAACAACUACAUCUUCAACGGACCCAUGGACAACACCAACCCCGUGUGGACCGCGCAGGUCUACCGCCGUCUGGACGUCCCCGCCCUGCUCUUCAGCACCUACACCUCCGACUACGAGCGCUGCACCAAGAUCUACAACGCCACGGAGAAGUUCGCCGACGACGUCAGGUCCCACAAGCUGCCCGCCUACUCUUACUAUGUCCCGGACAUGCUGCACAACGGCCACGACCCCAUGUCGGAUUCAGACUACCAGCAUCAGACCACCACCUCAGGAUACUGGUUCAACGCCUUCCUGGACCUCUACCUGCCGGAACUGGAGAAGCAGGGCACGCUUGUCGUCGCCACCUUUGACGAGGCCACAUGGCAGAACGACGAUGAUUCGAGCCCCAACAACAAUAACCAGAUUGUUACCCUGCUGUUCGGUGCCGGUAUUACCCCCGACACCAAGGACGAUACCUACAUCACCCACUACGGUCUUCUUCGGGGUGCCAUCCAGAACUUUGAGCUGGGAUCGUUGGGUCGGAACGACACCAAUGCGACGAACGGUAACCUGUUUGAUCUUGUUCAUUAA